UGUCUCUCAAAUAUCUGCGGAGAGAAGAGAAAUUAUCAAAUCAAGAAGACAGUGUUGUGGGAGAGAUGAGUUCGUCUCUACCUCUGAGGCUACUUCUUCUUCCUCUUACAACUUCUCUGAUAUCUCCUCCCCCAGAUUCUUUCCAUGCUCCUUCUCCGUUCAGAUCGAAAAACCCUAAUUUCAAUCGCCGAUUGUCUUCUUCUUCUACCUCUUGUUCUUCCCAGUCACAGUUUCUCUCUGGGAGAUUCAGAUCCUCUUCUCCGUGUGUUACCAUGUGCUUACCUGAACACACGAGAAAUCAAGAGAACACAGAAAUCUUGACAGAUCAAGAUGACCACAUUGAAUGUGUGCUUGAAUCGGAUGAAGAUUCAGGGCUCAGGAUUCCGACUCAAGCACAGGCUAUCGUUGAAGGAUCUGGUUCAGUUGCGGUUUCAGAGCUAAAACCUGCUGCUGAUGUAGAUUACAUACAAGAGCUAUUAGCGAUACAGCAACAAGGGCCUAGGUCAAUUGGCUUCUUUGGGACAAGAAAUAUGGGUUUCAUGCAUCAAGAACUGAUUGAGAUACUUAGCUACGCCAUGGUUAUAACCAAAAAUCAUAUAUACACAUCAGGUGCAUCUGGAACUAAUGCGGCAGUCAUCAGAGGUGCAUUGAGAGCAGAGAGACCAGAGCUGCUUACAGUAAUAUUACCCCAAAGUUUGAAAAAACAACCUCCUGAGAGCCAGGAACUCUUGUCUAAAGUACAAAACGUGGUAGAAAAGCCACACAAUGACCAUUUGCCAUUAUUAGAAGCCAGCAGGCUGUGUAAUAUGGACAUCAUAUCACAAGUACAACAAGUGAUCUGUUUCGCGUUUCAUGACAUCGUCGCCGAUUUGUUUGCGUUCGCUGAUCAGAUGGAAAACGCCGGUAAAGCUACGUCACUCCAAUCUUCCCGUGAGAUCUUCCACCGGCUGAUGAGCGAGAAUUCUUCUGGUGGGUGGGAGAAGAGUUGGGAAGCAGGAGCAACUCCAUGGGACUUAGGAAAACCAACUCCGGUUAUUGUGCAUCUCGUCGAGACUGGUUCUUUGCCUAAUGGCAGAGCUCUAGUUCCUGGUUGUGGAACUGGUUAUGAUGUGGUGGCAAUGGCCUCCCCUGAUCGUCAUGUUGUUGGACUGGAUAUAUCUAAAACUGCGGUUGAGCGAUCAACAAAGAAGUUUUCUUCAUUGCCCAAUGCAAAAUACUUCUCCUUCUUGAGCGAAGACUUUUUCACUUGGGAGCCAGCUGAAAAAUUCGAUCUCAUUUUCGAUUAUACCUUCUUCUGUGCCUUUGAACCUGGCGUGAGACCUCUAUGGGCACAGCAAAUGGAGAAACUUCUGAAACCCGGUGGAGAGCUUAUAACAUUGAUGUUUCCUAUCGAUGAACGUUCUGGAGGUCCUCCUUACAACGUAUCUGUGUCUGAAUACGAGAAGGUUCUGAUUCCACUGGGGUUUGAGGCAACCUCCAUUGUAGAUAACGAACUUGCUGUAGGACCACGCAAGGGAGUGGAGAAGCUUGGAAGAUGGAAGAAAUCUUCCACAUUUCACUCCACCUUGUGAUUUGUCAUGAAUAUGCUUCAAUCUGGAUGUUUUUUUGUGAAUUUGUCACUGAUAGAUUAAACUUGUAGGGCCAUUGAAUGGGAACCUAAAAACCUGAAAAAAGUAAUUGUAAACACUUGUGAUAUUCAACUUUUUCCCUUUUAAUCAAAGGCAAAGUUAUAGUUUGCUUCGUGCUCACCAGAUGGCUGUGUAUCUUUAGGUUUGAUUAAUCCUUUUUUGGAUUCUUAAUUGUCCAGAAUGUUGAAUAAGUCUUGAUAUAGCUU